AUGUGGCGUGACUCCUUCAGAUUGCAAAUCUUCUGCCUGCUUAUGGCAGUGCUGGCUAUUGUGGUGCUGGUCCAUAAUUUUUUUCAGUUAGAGCACCUGGAUGAUGACACAGUUUCAGGAUCAAAUUGGAUAACAGAAAACGAUGUCCAGCGUUCUCUAUCACAGACAACCAAAACUACCAGGAAGCCUUACUGUGGUUAUAAGCAGCAGAUUUUGUCCAAAAGAGAACAAGAGGAACAGGAAUCGUUGCUUGCUGCAAUACAGUGGCCAAAACCCUCUGAUGGCAAAAUUGCCUUUGUACAAAGCACUGAUCCUGCACGUAGUGACUUUGUGAUUGUGAAACCCAGCGGGUUCUUCAAGGUGGGUGAUCAGUUAGAGGUGCUUGUUCGUACGAAGGAUUUCCAGGGAAAACCCAAGCGGUAUGGCGGAGACUAUCUACAGGCACGAAUUCACUCUCCUCUGCUGAAAGCUGGAGCAACAGGAAGGAUUGUAGAUUGCCAUAAUGGCCUUUACAAAGUCUUCUUUACCUUGCUUUGGCCAGGAGACGUCAAAGUUUCUGUGUCACUUGUCCAUCCGAGUGAAGCAAUCCAAGUCCUCCUGCGUUUACGAGAAGAAAGGCCAGACAGGGUCUAUUUCAAAAGCUCAUUCAAGUCUGGGAGGUAUUCGGAGACCACUGAGUGCAAUCUUUGCUUGCCUGGAGAUCUCCCGGUGUGUAACUUCACAGAUCUCUACACGGGCGAGCCAUGGUUCUGUUACAAGCCUCGAAAACUGUCCUGUGCCAGCCGAAUCAGCCAUGCCAAGGGUGGAUAUCAAAAAGGUCUUCUGACACAAGAGGAAAGCCUCUUCUUCCAAAGUGAUGUGAAUAUCAAAAGGCCGAUACUCUCCAGUGGACCUGAUUCAGUGAUUGUAAAGCCCAAGUCAUUUACAGAAACUGGUGCAAAUUUGAGAUUCGAUUAUAUCGUCCUUCUUUCAGGAGUUACAGAUGAUCAAAGCCUGCCUGUGUUUCCUGAG